AUCAGCCUUGCAGACUGGGGUCGCAAGGCCAUUGAGAUUGCGGAGAAUGAGAUGCCAGGGCUGAUGAAGAUGCGGGAGAUGUACGCUGCGUCAAAGCCGCUGAAAGGUGCGCGUAUCGCCGGAUGCCUUCAUAUGACUGUGCAGACGGCAGUUCUCAUAGAGACCCUUAUAGAGCUGGGAGCUGAGGUACAAUGGUCAAGCUGCAACAUCUUCUCCACUCAGGACCACGCUGCAGCUGCUAUUGCAAAAGCUGGUGUCCCUGUGUUUGCCUGGAAAGGGGAGACCGACGAGGAAUAUUUGUGGUGCAUUGAGCAGACCCUGUACUUCAAGGAUGGACAGCCCCUCAACAUGAUUUUGGAUGAUGGUGGAGAUCUUACCAACCUAGUUCAUACCAAAUACCCACAGCUCUUGAAAGGAAUUAGAGGUAUUUCAGAAGAGACAACCACUGGAGUUCACAACCUGUACAAGAUGAAGGCCAAUGGGACCCUGAAAGUGCCAGCUAUCAAUGUUAACGACUCUGUCACCAAGAGCAAGUUUGAUAACCUUUAUGGUUGCAGAGAGUCCCUCAUCGAUGGCAUCAAACGUGCUACAGAUGUCAUGAUUGCUGGAAAAGUAGCAGUCGUGGCAGGUUAUGGUGAUGUGGGCAAAGGCUGCGCUCAGGCCCUGCGGAGCUUUGGAGCCAGAGUCAUCAUCACUGAAAUCGAUCCCAUCAAUGCACUGCAGGCAGCCAUGGAAGGUUAUGAAGUUACAACCAUGGAGGAGGCCUGCAAAGAAGGCAAUAUCUUUGUUACCACCACUGGCUGCACUGACAUUGUUCAGGGCAGGCACUUUGAGCAGAUGAAGGAUGAUGCCAUAGUGUGUAAUAUUGGCCAUUUUGAUGUGGAAGUUGAUGCAAAGUGGCUGAAUGAAAAUGCAGUAGAGGCGGUGAAUGUUAAACCUCAGGUGGAUCGCUAUACACUGAGGAAUGGCCGUCAUAUUAUACUGCUAGCAGAGGGCCGACUGGUCAACUUGGGCUGUGCCAUGGGUCACCCUAGCUUUGUUAUGAGCAACUCCUUCACCAACCAGGUGUUGGCACAGAUCGAGCUGUGGACCAAUAGUGACAAAUACUCUGUUGGAGUCCAUUUCCUGCCAAAGAAGCUGGAUGAAGCUGUGGCUGCUGCUCAUCUGGAUAAACUGUGUGUGAAGCUGACAAAGCUGAGUGACAAGCAGGCCAAAUACCUAGGCUUAUCAAGAGAUGGGCCAUUCAAGCCAGACCACUACAGAUACUGAGCAGGUGGCACUACCCAAAGACCAAAGCGCAGGGAUACAACCUUCCAAAGCUCUUGUGUGUGCUGGGCUUCUGAGAACAAGCCCUUUGCCAUACUCUUCUCAGUGCUGCAGAACCCCUCCCCUUACCAAGGGAGCUUCAGGGCCUUAUUCGUUAGUGAAAGAGGAUCACUCUGACUCUUGGAAUUAGAAUUGGUUACUUAGCUAAUGUCA